CAUUUUGAAGACACCGUCUUUGCAGACUGAAAUCAGUCGACUCUCUAGCGAUCUUCUCGACAUCAAUAUUGCUCCAUCUGACAAUUUUUCAGCAAGCCGUAACUUAGGUAUCGGCAGGCUCAUUGUGGAGUAGAGUCUGUACACUUGACGGUAGGUCAAAUGAAAAACUUCAUUUUUCGAGUGAUUUUAUAACCUUUCCUCAUUGAGGUGAGGAAUGUAGGGUUUUCGUCUUUCUAAAUAAUGUUUGGCGCGGAAGUGGGAGUGUGAUUAAAUUGUGCUAGAACGGGUUGGCGGAAUCCUAAACUGGACACGACGGAAGCGGACAUGAGACCAGUGGGUGGUUGGGAGGUUAAUGAUCGGCAACGAUGGUGCUGCGUCCGGUACGUCGUGGCCCGGUUGCGGCGACCCUACAAGGAAGACAAAAGUUUAGAGCGAAAGUUUGUUAUACGAAACAUACCGUGAUUCAAACCUCGAUAACUUGAUUUUAAGGAGAUGUUAGCAAAACUGGUUCGGACAAAUAAAUGUAAUAUAAGGUAAGUAUAAAAUCAUAUUUAUCGUGUAAUUCUUGUUGAACUGUCAUAACAUUCAAAACGCACGCAGCCAAUUUGCCGAUAACAUUGAUGUAAACAAAUUUACAUCUGAGCAAGCAAUCAAGUGUUUCCGUUGGUUUUUAGUUGCUUCCUAUCACAAAAUCUUAUUGUUCAAAGGACAAUAAAUGGCCGAAUCUAAACCAUUUUCUGCGGUGGCCAAACAGGAACACGUUGACGUGGAAGAUCCAAGUGCAUUCUGUUACGAAACCCUAGUAAAGGAAGAACUUAUCAUCGAGGACGAGCUCGAGCCCUCACCCGAAAAAGAUGAUGGUCAAGAUCAAACUGAAGUUUUGCAAAAUCAAUCUGCAGGCCAGCCGAGCAACACAGAAUGGCACUGUGAAAAAUGUAACCAAUCGUACCCUACCUCUAAAUCAUUCAGUGCCCACAAGACUCGUCAUAAAGCGUUGGAAACUGGCCGGUUCGCGUGUCAACAGUGCGAAAGGCGUUUUCCAGACAACAACGCACAACGCCGUCACAAGUGCAAGGGUAAGGCAACGGGGAAUCCCGUAUCCUGGGUUUGCGAAGAGUGCAACAGAACAUUCCCAAAUCGGCAUAUAUUUUAUUUGCACAAAUACAGGCAUAGAGUUGUGAAGGAAGCGAGAUACAGGUGUGAACUGUGCGAUAAGUGUUUUUCGGACAAAAAUGCGCAAACGAAACAUGUACAAAAUGUGCACAGAGAGAAAAGAAGUAUCAAAGCAAUACAGUUGAAAUCGGAAGAUGAACGGGACUCCAAAGCUGAGGAAAAGGACGAAAAUGGCCUCUUCAAGUGUCCGGACUGCGAUAAGCGCUUCGAGGUCCGCAACAGUUACACUUCACACCUUCGGCAGCACCUUGCUAUGAAGCAAGAACGGUACAAGUGCAAGAUAUGCGAGUUGAGUUUCAGAACAAGCUCCGAGCUCAAGAGGCAUGAUCGAGCUCAUGAGAACCACAAAUCCAAAUUGUCAAAUGACCCGUUUGCCUCGAUAUGUCCCGAAGCGACCAUGAAGGAGGAAAACGGCAUAUUCAAGUGUUCAGCGUGUGAGAAGACCUUUGAACAACGGCGUGCGGCUUUGCGUCAUCUCAUGAGACAUGGUUAUGUAAAGCGAGACAGGGUUCAGUGCAAAUUGUGCCCAAUGACGUUCGUUAACAAAACGUACCUGGAAAAACAUCGAGUGGAACACGAAUCUUCGAAGGACGUUUCUGCAAGUGGUUCAAGCAGCGAGAAGGAAUCAGAUUCGGACGAUUUGUCGCAAGAUGGAGCCAGCGAAUUCAAAUGUACCGAUUGCAACAAAACAUUCCGGGAAAAGCGUCUGUUGAAUCGGCAUAUUCGGAGGCACGAAGCGAUCAAAGAGAGCAAAUUUCCGUGCAAGCUGUGCGAUGUGCGCUGCGGAAGCAAACGAGAGCUGAUAACACACGAGGAAAUGCACGCUAGGAAGCAACAAACAACGAUUGUUUCUACAGAGAAAGUGCCCCCAAUAAUCUUGGAAAGAAACAACCACACCGUUUACAAGUGUCCUGAUUGCGCCUUAAUAUUCACCAAACAGCGGGUUUAUUCCACUCAUGCUCUUAGGCACGUUAACGUCAAAAACGGAACCUUCAAGUGUGAAACGUGCGGCGUGUGCUGUCCAACCAGAAGGAACCAGCUGGAACACAUACGGAAACAUCGAGCGGGAAAGGUUAUCGCACCGACGCAGCAGGACAAUUUUCCUUUCGAGUGUCCCGAGUGCGGAAAGAAGUUUCCCCUAAGAAAAUACCUUAUCCAACACGUCAGGCGACAUGAGGCCGUGGAAAGUGGCACCUUUCAGUGCAAGAUCUGUGCCAAGUUCUUUAGCACUGGUGUAGAACUGGCUAGACACGAGAAGAUCCAUGAAGGCAAGGACAAGCUGGAAAAGUUUAAGUGUUCCGAGUGUGGCUUCAUUUGUGCUUCACGGUCGUCGUUUGUGUGGCAUCUUAAGAGGCACGAGGCCAUAAGAAGCGGGAAGUUCGAGUGCAAAGUGUGUGGGAAGAAAAUGGGAUCCAAACAUGAACUUGAGGUUCAUACUAGAAGGCACCCUGCAAAGUAAUGGAAGUUUAUGUUUUCCGUUGAGUUAUUUUAGUUGGAGAAGCUUUUUUUUGUGAAAAUACGCAAUAAAAAUAUUUGAGGACAUGA